AUGGAUACAUUGGCCACGGUCGAUCCAGCUAAUAUUCAUCAUAUAAUGAGCUCAAACUUCUCAAACUACAUCAAACGACCGGAGUUCCAACAGAGGAAGGGAAGAUCAUGGACGUUCGAGAGAUUCAUGCUGGAUACAACCUUUAUUCUUGUAACUGGUUCGAAUGCUAGAAGUCUCUCCAUCGGUACGCCAAAAGCUGACUACGCAAAAGCUCUUGACGAUGUUGGUUGUUGGAGAAGCGCUUCUUUAUAG